UUGUACACAAUCAUCAUGGCCGCCGCCGCCGCCGCCGCCGAUGGUGCCGAGGAGCCGGGCAUGGAGGCAGAGGCGCAGCAGCUGCCGCUGGGCUGCGGCGGAGGGGGCGGCUCACCGGCGGCGGGGAGGUCCCCGGAGGGCGAGGAGCGCCGGGAACCCCUGCAGGCGUCUGUCAGCAACGGCGGCGAUGCGGAGAGCGGCAGGGAGCUGGUGGAGCUGAAGGUGAUCUGGAACAAGAACAAGUACGACGUGAAGUUCUGCCUGGACAGCACGGGGGCCGAGCUGAAGCAAAAGAUCCACUCCCUCACAGGCCUCCCUCCGGCCAUGCAGAAAGUUAUGUUCAAGGGACUUCUGCCAGAGGAGAAAACGUUGCGGGAAAUCAAAGUUACAAACGGAGCAAAAAUAAUGGUUGUGGGCUCUACCAUCAACGAUGUGUUAGCAGUAAAUACACCCAAAGAAGCUGCUCAACAGGAGGUCAAAGCUGAGGAAAACAAAAAGGAGCCACUUUGCAGACAAAAGCAACACAGAAAAGUAUUGGAUAAAGGAAAACCUGAUGAUGUGAUGCCUUCUGUCAAAGGCGUGCAGGAGCGCCUGCCGACGGUGCCACUGUCUGGCAUGUACAACAAGUCAGGGGGGAAAGUCAGAUUGACCUUUAAACUCGAGCAAGACCAGCUGUGGAUUGGUACAAAAGAGAGAACAGAAAAGUUACCCAUGGGGUCCAUUAAAAAUGUGGUGAGUGAACCUAUUGAAGGCCACGAGGAUUAUCACAUGAUGGCGUUUCAGCUGGGCCCAACAGAAGCGUCUUACUACUGGGUCUAUUGGGUCCCAACUCAGUAUGUGGAUGCAAUCAAAGACACGGUGCUGGGGAAGUGGCAGUAUUUUUGAAAGCACGCUCACCUCUGGCACAGGAAAAUGACACAAAGCUAAGGACACUGCUGGGAGAGGCCUCCAACAUCCCUGGAUGUGACAGUCCUGGAACUUAUUGAUAAAACAUGCUAAACGAGGCGUGGAUGGAAGCCAGAGGUGAUGUUCUUUCACCAUUAGUUUACUUUUAACUUAAAGAUUUCACCAUCCCUUUUCUGCAGUCAGCUUCAACCAUAUUUAAAGCAAAUACAAUGGAAAUCAAUAAAUCUUAAUUCACAAAAUAUUAUGUGUAAUACACUUAAAUCUGCUGAGAGUUGAUCUUCCAGUUUAGUUUUAAAAAGAAAAGAUUGCGAUGUAUUAUUGAGGAUUUUUUACAUGGUUUGAACAAAAACAAAUAUUUUCAUAAUCUUUCAGUUAUCAGCAUUAGACUUAAUUUAGUUACUUGGCUGUGACUGAGAAUUUCAGGAGCAGCUUUUUAAGAACAAACUGUAGCCGUGCGCAGCGUUGCUGUUGGGUGAAGCCAUAUCCCACCAGCCCUUCAGGGCAGCUUCCACUCUUUGGUAGCAGAACUAAUUCUUUGUUUUAACCCAAAGAUGCUUGUUUGGGACUUCUCCUUGCCUUUUCCCAACGCUGACAUCUCUGGGUUGGUGUCUGUAGCCUGUCUGGAGCAGAUGAGUUCCCUGGGGAUGUUUUGUGGCAGGUGACCCAGUGCUGCCUGCUGUCCCCGGUCAGUGGUUCACCUCCUGUCCCAGGCUGCUACAGUCUGGGAGCAUUUUCUUGCAUAUUGCAGUCCAGAAUCACUUUGCAGCUGCUGCACUGACACUGACCCGUUGGAUUGGAAACACCCUCGUGCUGCCUGGUGUGAGCAGGGGGACACAGUGACAUGGAUGGAAACACCGUCACACUGUCUGGCAUGAGUGGGGUGACACCGGCCUCCUAAAGGGAGGGAAGCACAGAGUCCUUCCUGCCCUGUGUGAGGUGGGAGGAGCGGGGAAGAGAGAAGCUCAGAUGCUGUUUUGGAUCCUUAAUAACUGCAGCAGUCUUUUGUGACCUGGAUUGGAAAAUUUAAUAGUGAUUUUUGAAUUCACUGAAUUGUACCAAAUUUAGAUUAUCUAUCCAGCAACUGAUGUUUUGAAAUGUAAAUCACCUUCCAGCUUUUCUCCUGCUCCAGUUCCCAGGAGGCUCUCACACCUCAUCCUGUCUGAACUAAUGUGCCGGGCUCCGCGUGUCAUCCCAGCCAUCCACGUGCCAUUUCUCUCAGGUGUUGCGAUCAGAGCCCUCAGCCCUGGACAGGUGCAUGCCCACAGCAGGUGCCACUGUGCAGCCAGACUGGAGCAGCUCACACAUCCCUACUCUGUGUUAGUGCUGGGGCACUAACAUGGCACACAGCUGCUCCAUACCAGUAGCUCCAACUCGUGGAGAAACAGCCUUUUAGGAACAGCUGAUUUUAAUAUACUCCAUGUGCACUUUUCCCUCUCCUUGAAAGAGCACAGGUGAAACUCAUCAGGUGCAAAUUCCCAAAUGAGUAUUUAUUUUAUUUUUAUUUUACUUGGGAGACUGGGAAAAGCAUUGGCUUUCUGGUAGGUGUUAAGGUCACAUAUUUCCCUGUAGCCUCUUGAUAGCUUUUGGGUUGCAUUUUCUGUUAGAACAGUCAUGCAAUAUGAAUUUUAAAGGUGUUUCAUAUCCUACAUAGAAACUAGUGAUGUGCUUGUUACUCUUGUAGCUUGAGGUAUUUCCCUUCUGUGUACAAGCCAGCAGCAGUGUGUCCUGACACGAGUGGCUUGGGGCAGAAGAGCCGUGUCAGCUCCCCUGGCUGUUCUGUGGAGUGGUGAGGGCAGAGGGGAGCUGUCCUGAGUUAACUGGUGACAACGUUAUGGAAGAAACGCAGCCACACACAUGUCAUUUUUCUGAUUGCCAGUCCUGGUGUUAAGGCUUAAAUUUACAAUUCAUUAUCCAGUGGAAAGUGUGGGCGCUGCAGAAUAAAGAGAAGGGAUAACACUGGCUCUUUCUGUCACCUGAGGUCACCUUGGCACUUACCACCUUCCUGGCUGGGUGAUGAUCAGCUCCCAUUUGCUCCUUGACUUGCUCGGACCUGUCUGUGCAUCCGUUCAUGUUCCGUUUCCUUUCCUGUUCCUUCGUCCCCUUGCUCCUGGAGAGGGCCCGUGCCCGAGUUCCAGCUCCUCCCCAGCUCCUGUGCAGGAUGCAGCGACCGGGUGAGUAACUCUGGGGCGAGUGCCAAGGGGGGCAGGUACUGCCCCUGCUGCUGAGGCACCGGGACGCAGGGCAGCUCUUCACAUUCCUGCUGCUCCUUGUCCAGGGGCAGUUACUUUGCAUCCUGGGCCAGGUACAACCCAGCAGCUCGAAAGAAACUGAACACAAACCCCUUGGUUACAUGCAAAGCCAUUUUAAACAUGAAGAAAAUACUGUAAACUAAGAAAAUGUGAUCCUGUUUAGGUGCUUCCUUUCGGGUUGGAUUUGAUUGGAGAAAUGAAAUUGUUUCACUUUUUUGUUCUAUGUGCAAAGUUUGAAUUAAAAUAUAGGAAAGUGACUUA